AUGAUGGCUAAAAAAAUGGCAAAUUUAUCUGUUGAUGAGCUAUCUCCACUAAUGUUUCACGCAUCUCGUGCCCCAUUGAAAUCAGACAUGCGAAGUACAUGGCAAAAAAGACUUUCUUUGCUCUUUGUUUUAUUAGCUGUUGGCUUUGAACGAUUAACGUUUUAUUCUUUAUCGGGAAAUUUGAUACUCUUUCUAACAUCAGAUCAUAUUCGUUGGACAUCUCGUCAUAGUCUCAAUGCAUCAUUUAUCUUUUUUGGUAAUGAAUCUAUUGAUGAAUAUCAUCAUAAUAUAUUUCUGUUCUCUGUCUAUUUAACAAAAGGAACAAGUUAUGCAUCUACACUGUUUUUCUCGUGGAUAAGUGAUGCCAAAGUCGGUCGCGUGAAAACGAUUGUUAUUGGCUUUCUCAUCUACAUUGCUGGUUAUGUCUUUUUUCCAUUGUUUUCUCGUGGCGAAGUAUACAAAGUCAUAUGUGACGGGCCACCCGUUCAUAUACAUGAAUCAGCACCGUAUUUUCACGAAAAGUGCAGUAUUCAAAUAACAGCUACUCUUGUUAUCACAGCAAUUGGUAUAGGAGCAGUUGAAGCCAAUAUGGCUGUAUUAGGUGCCGAACAAAUUCGUGGUCAAAAAGCCACCACGCAGUACUUUGCUCAAUACUACACUGCUGUUAACAUUGGCUCAUUUCUCGCAUAUGGCAUUAUUGCAUAUGUGCAACAGAAUAGAUCGUAUCAUGUAGGUUACCUUAUCUCCACUGGAUUACUUGCAUUUACAUUGGUACUAUUUGUCGCCGGCUAUAAAUGUUACAUUCCAGUUCAACCACAUGAUUCCGUAGUGACGAACUUCUUUCCUGUGAUGAUAAAUGCGUUUCGAAGUUGGCGAACCCGUCCUCAACGUACACGUAAUAUACAUCGUAAUCAUCGAUUUUCUCGUAAGGCACUCAGAGCUAGUGACCAACUUGAUAUUAGCGAUAAUUUGACUUUCGAUGGUAAUGAACAAUCAAGAUCAUUUUUGGACUAUGCAAAAGUGGAGUAUAACGGGCAGUUUCCCGGUCGUGUCGUUGAUGAUAUCAAAGCACUUCGCCGUAUUAUAGUCAUGUUUGUACUUUUAAUACCCUAUUGGUUAUUAUAUGUUCAGAGUGAUACGACCUUUAUUGUGCAAGGUGUACAUAUGAGAGUACCGAAGUUUCAAUCGGAGACACGCAGAAUGCCAGUUGUUUGGCUUUCUUUGAGCGAUCAAAUAGUGAUUAUUCUCAUUCUGUUCAUUUUUAAUGCAUGUAUAUGUAGUCAUCUUCAUGUGAAAAAUCGUCUAUUUUCAAUUAAACUACGUUUUAUUCUUGGUAUGCUUGCUGCUACACUAUCCAUGUGUUUAACUGGUAUAGUUGAGAUCUUUCGUCAACAAGGUUGUAGUUCAUCUUUUCCACAAACGAUUGGUGACACUGUCUACAAUACAUCUGCUAUGUCAGUAUUUUAUCAGUUACCACAGUAUGUUAGUAUGGGUGUAUCCGAAGUGUUUGCUUCGGUUGCUAGCUUGGAGUUUGCUUAUUUAACUGCACCACAGUCUGCUCAAUCAUUUGUGAUGAGCCUUCGAUUCUGUUCCGUUGGUCUUUCAUCGUUCUUGGCUUCGGGCUACAUGAAUAUCUACGAUGGAUUAAAUGCCAACUUUUCCAUCACCAAUUCUGAAUGUAAAGACGCCGAAAAACCGCAACUGUUUUAUGUUUAUUUUUUUGUUUUGGCUGGCAUUCAACUUAUUUUCCUAUUCGUUUUUCUCGCAUGCGAUCGACGAUUCCGUAUAAUCAAAGCGUCGGAACAUCGAUUCAAUACACGAUUAUUUAUCGGACCAAAUGUUGGCACGUCCGAUACGUAA